AAUGUGUAGCAGGAAGCCAGGUACCUGGGUCUUGCUUCUACUUCCCUUCCACCCCCCCCGUCCCUCCCCCCCGCACUGGCCACCCUGACACAUCAGCAGAGCAGUUAGGACGCUAACCGACACCCAACACAGGAUGCUGGCUGUGCAAAUGGACGUGGAGGUCGGUGAGCCAAUAGACUUCAGUGCUGGAGAUUAUCAUCAUGUUGUUCGGAAAGCAGCAGACAAAGGGGUCCAAUCCAAAUCUGGUCAGCCGUCAGCUCCCAGUCAUGCCAGAACAACUAAGGGGAAUCCACGCUCACAGACCGUUGAGUCGAAGAAUAGCUAUGUAGUAGAAGUUUCAGAUGACAUCAUCCCAAAUGAGAUCAACAUACCUGCCUCAAGUCCAUUCUCUGACAGAAAUGUCCGGAAAGGUUUUAUCAUGAAAGUGUUCCUCCUCUUGUCGGCUCAGCUCUCCGUCACCGCCAUCAUCAUCAGCAUGUUUAUCUUCUGGAAGGCUUUGAAUAGUUGGGUGCUUGCAAACCCCUGGUUCACCUAUGCACUCCUCCCAGCAUUUUUUGGAGUUCUGAUUAUUCUGGCUUGCUGUGGGGACCUCCGCCGGCGGGUGCCUGCGAAUUACAUCCUGCUGGGAUUCUUCACCAUCCUCGAAGGGCUGCUGCUGGGAACUGUAUCAGUCUUCUAUAAGGCAGAGGAAGUGUUAUGGGCCACGGCGGCAACCACGCUGGUGACAUUAGCGCUCACUAUAUUUGCUCUCCAAACAAAAUGGGAUUUCACGCUGCUCAACGGGGUGCUGUUCGUGUUCAUCUUCGUGCUGAUGGCCUAUGGAAUCAUCUUGCUGUUCGUCCGAUCGUAUUGGUUGCACCUGCUGUACGCCGGGCUUGGCACUUUGAUCUUCUCAUUUUACUUAGUGAUGGACGUGCAACUGAUGGUGGGCGGGCGCCACAUUCACUCAGACCUUGACCCUGAGGAGUACGUAUUCGCUGCCCUCAACAUCUACCUGGACAUCAUCAACCUCUUCCUCUUUAUCUUGCAGCUGAUUGGUCUGGCCCGAUAG